AUGCCCGUUCGCCGCAACGAUGGCUAUGAGAUUGUUGAAUCCCACAAGCCAACAUUGGCAAAAAGUGCACCGUUAAAUCAGGACGGAACAGACUAUUCAUACUUCUCUCCCGUCCAAGUAGGUUCUCAAAAGCAAGAAAUGUGGAUGGCAAUCGACACUGGAGCACCCAAUACCUGGGUCUUUGACUCGAAAUGCACCGAGCCUGUCUGCACACGUCAUCACAAGUUCGACCGGUCAGCAUCAACCAGCUAUACCACCGACGAUUCAACGUUCAGCCUCUUUUAUGGUAGCGGCAAGGUCUCAGGAAAGAUGGGGAAAGACGUCCUCUCAAUUGCAGGGCUCGAAGUCUCGCAAACUUUCGGUCUGGCUAACAAUGCCUCGGAAACUUUUCAGAGUUACCCAUUCGACGGGAUCCUUGGCCUGGGUCGAUCGCGUACGGAAGGGUGGGAUUUGCCAUCUUUCAUGGAUCUUGUUGCUGAGAAAAACCUCAUCAAGUCAAACUUGGUUGGGUUCAGUCUCUCUCGCUCAGCAGACAACAAUAAGGAUGGAGAAAUCAACUUUGGUGGUGUCGAUACAACCAAGUUCGAUGGUACUAUCUCCUACACUGCCACGAACGAGAAAAUAUGGAGCAUCCCCGUGGAUGAUGCUUAUGUGAAUGGACAAAGUUGCAACUUUACCGGAAAAUCCGCUACCAUCGACACCGGAACCACCUACUUGCUGAUCCCUCCCGCGGAUGCCAAAACCCUGUUUUCUCUCGUCCCUCAUUCAUCUCAACAGCCUUCCAACCCGAACAACUAUUUGAUCCCAUGCAAUUCGACUGCUACCAUAGAGUUCGAGUUCUCUGGUGUUAAAUAUAACGUCUCCCCUAAGGAUUAUGUUGGAAACGCCGAGUCGGACGGUUCAGCCUACUGCAUUUCGACCAUUGUCGGCUAUGCAUCCAACGGUGCAAACUGGCUUGUCGGCGAUGUCUUUUUGAAGAACGUCUACACCGUGUUCGAUUUUGACAAUGGACAGAUCGGGUUUGGCGCGCUUGCCUCGGCCUCAGACUCAAGCUCAUCUUCCACCUCAUCCUCUUCCACCUCAUCCACGUCCCAGGGCAACGGGACAUUCACUGCACCGCCAGUCACUGACACUGCUCCGUCUGCUGCUGACCCCACAUCAUCAUCGACCUCCUCAACCAUGGCCACAGUCUCUGACAGCUCCGCAUCCCACCUCAUCCGUGGCAUUAGCUGGUCUAUGCUCACGGUCAUGCUUGGUGCAUUUGCUAUUUGA